CGGCUCUCUCUUGCAGUCGCUCUCCCCACCACGCACGCACACACUCACGCUAGCACGCUCUCUCCCUCGCUAGCUCCGGCUGUCGCAUUCGUGCAUGCCCACCAUACGCCGUGCAUUAGAGCGGCACAGCCACAUAGAGCAGGCGCGUGCGCCUCGUGCCCGACGUCCGUUGUCCGUGUGUGCGUGUGUAUUCGCAUAUUCAGUAAUUUCGAAAAAAAUUUUGUAUAUUUGAUGGCGACUGCGACUGCUUUACUCACAAGAAACUCGCGCGUUUGUCGAAAAUCGUAGCGCGUACGUAUAUAUCGGUGUGUAGAAAUUACUAAAAAAUUGUGUUGCGCCCUUUUAACAGUCGUGUACAAUCUGUAUGUUGUAUAUGUUCAAUUUAAAUACAACAACAAUAGCAACAACGCAACACAGUUUUAAACAACAAACAUAAUCGACAAGCUAAUCUUGGCUAAUACAACAACCAGCACACAGCAACAACUAUAGCAAAAAAAAAAAAAUAAACAACAAUCAGUAGCACCAGCGCGGCCAUAAACAAAAUUUAAUUUGGAUAUAUUAUCGCCUAUAAAACGGAUAAGCAGCAUCAACAAGAACGUGUGGAUUUCACCAAAAAUAACAAGAAAAAGCCGAAGGAAAUAUUGAUAGUCGCUGCUAUUGGCAACUUUAAUAUUGGCAACCAUAUUAAAGGAUUAAAACCACAAUGCCUCCAGUAGCUCUCGUAGUUGUUAAAUCCUUGGCCCUCGAAUCAGCUAUAGCCUGCCGAUUCCAAUGAGAGGAGCCUGGGCCCUGAGAAUCUGGAGUAGGCGAGUGUACAGACAUUGCUGAGCAUGAAGCAACUAGUUCGGACCACUACGCAUCAUUAUCCCUCGAACAAGAAGAGAUUUUUAUCAAAAAUCAGAACAGCAGCAGCCGAAUUAGGAGCUGAGAAAACGAUAGGCGGAGGAUCACCAGGAGUAGGAGUCGCAGGAGCAGGCGAAUCCAGCCGCAGAAGGAGGAGGUGGUCACCGGCCACAUAAGACUAGUCCCCCUCCCCCAACCCACUAAAGCACCUCUACCCCAAAUCUACCAUAAAAGAAGAAGCCCAAAAAAGGAGCAAACCGGAGUUAAAGGAGGAGCGCAGGAGGAGACGGAGACGGCCCGUGUGUGUGUGUGUAGGUGGAGUGUGUGUGUCGGCCGUCUCAGUCGGAUAACCAUCAACCCAGAUCCUCAAUCCUGAAUUCCCAGACGACCCACAUACCAAACUGAAGCACCAGAACCACCACAACAGCAACCACCACCACCACAGCCACCAGCGCAAGCACCAACACCAUGUCGUCCAAUGAGCCACCGCCUCGUUACGAGCCACCCGUGGAGCCAGUCAAUGGCAUUGUACAGCCACCGGUGAUGCCGCCAGCGGAGCGACCUGGCCGCAAUACGAACCAAUUGCAAUAUCUGAUCAAGACGGUGAUGAAGGUGAUAUGGAAGCACCACUUCUCGUGGCCCUUUCAACAGCCCGUCGAUGCCAAGAAGCUUAACCUGCCCGACUACCACAAGAUCAUCAAACAGCCUAUGGACAUGGGCACGAUCAAGAAGCGGCUGGAGAACAACUACUAUUGGUCCGCAAAGGAGACCAUACACGACUUCAACACGAUGUUCAACAAUUGCUAUGUCUACAACAAACCCGGCGAGGAUGUCGUUGUGAUGGCCCAGACGCUCGAGAAAGUCUUCCUCCAGAAGAUCGAAUCGAUGCCCAAGGAGGAGCUCGAACUGGAGCCGGUUACAGCCAAGGGUGGCAAAAAGAAGCAACGGGCGCCGGCUACGCCCAAGUCAUCGUCAUCGUCCGGUGGCGCUGGAGCAUCCACCGGUUCUGGUACGGCCUCCUCUGCGGCGGUUAGCAGUGGACCAGGUAGUGGCUCCACCAAAGUGUCAGCUGCCGCCUCAUCCGCGCAACAGUCCGGCCUGCAAGGAGCGACGGGAGCGGGCGGCGGUGCGGCGAGCACACCGGGUAGCCAGGCGGGUUCCGGUGCCGGAGGAGCGACUUCCGCACGACCCGUUUCCGCCAUGGGCGGCACGGUUUCAUCGACGGCCGGCGGUGCACCGUCCAUACCACCGAUUAGCACAAUGCCACCGCACACGGUACCCGGCAGCACCAAUACGACCACGACAGCGAUGGGUGGUGGCGCUGGUGGAGCAGGUGCAGCGUCAGCAAACUCCAAUGCCGCCGCCCUGAUGGCCAGCCUCCUGAGUGCGGGCCAAACGGGUGCCUAUCCCGGCGCCCCCGGCCAGACGGCGGUUAAUAGCUCCUCACUUCUAGAUGGCGGUACAGCAGCAGUAGCGGCGGCAGCAGCAGCAGCGGCGGCGGCGGCGGCGGCAGGAGCGGGCGGUGCACCGGGAGCCGCUGGUGGAGCAGCGGGCGCAGGAGUGACAAUACCAGCCGUAGCCGUCAACGCCGCCAAUGCCGUGCAGGCCUAUGUGAGUGCGGGCGUGAGUGUGGGAGUGGACGCCGUGAUACCGCCGCAGCAGCCCGCCAAAAUCAAGAAGGGAGUCAAACGGAAGGCGGACACCACCACUCCGACGGCCAAUGCCUUCGAAUCGCCGUACACGCAAAUGGACUCAAAAUCGGCCAAGAUUGCGACGCGGCGGGAGUCGAAUCGUCAGGUAAUUGGCAAGAAGGGCUCGGGAUACAAUAUGUCGCCGCUGGGCGUCUCCGGAGUGCCCGGACUUGGUGGUCUAGUUGCCGUCGGUGUUGCCGGCGUUGCGGUGGCCAAGAACAAGGAGAAGCUAUCGGAUGCGCUCAAAUCAUGCAACGAGAUCCUCAAGGAGCUCUUCUCGAAGAAGCACUCUGGCUAUGCCUGGCCCUUCUAUAAGCCGGUGGACGCGGAAAUGCUUGGCCUGCACGACUACCACGACAUCAUUAAGAAGCCGAUGGAUCUGGGCACUGUCAAGCGGAAAAUGGACAAUCGCGAGUACAAGAGCGCGCCGGAAUUUGCCGCCGACGUGCGAUUAAUAUUCACCAAUUGCUACAAGUACAAUCCGCCAGACCAUGAUGUUGUGGCCAUGGGUCGCAAGCUGCAGGACGUCUUCGAGAUGCGCUACGCCAACAUCCCCGACGAGCCGGUGGCCAAUGCGGCCCACCUUCAUGGCCAUGGGCAUGGGCAUGGUCACGGUCAUGCCCACAGUCACGGGCACGGUCACGGACACGGUCAUGGCCACGGAUACGGCGGCUCCUCCUCACUCAAGCACGAUGCCAGCGAUUCGUCCAGCGAGGACUCCAGCGACACGGAGAAUGAAUCCAACUCGGACGAGGAGCGCAGCGCCAAGCUGAAAAUGCUCGAGUCCAAGCUGCUCGGCCUGCAGGAGGAAAUUCGCAAGCUGUCCGAGGAAGCCUCCGCCAAGAAAAAGGCGAAGAAGAAACUCAAGGAGAAGAAGAAGUCGAUGGGCGCUGGCUCCGGCUCUGGCUCGGCCUCGCAUCAUGGUCACGCCUCGGGCGGCGGUGCCGGCGCUGGCGGAGCAGGCGGCGCCGGAUCAAGCGGCCAUGCGGGCGGAGUCUCGGUGCCGGGCGGUGUCGGCGCCCUGGGUGCCGGUGGAGCGGGCAGUGCCAGUCUCAACGCACUGCUCAGUGGAUCGCUGGUUGGCCCCGGCGGAGGAGCCAUCGCCGGCGGAGUCCCCAAUGUGGCGGCCCUGCACAGUCAGGUGCAUGACGUGGCCAUGACCUUUAACCAGCUGGCGGGCGGCGGUGCCGCGGCCGGUGGUGGCUUUGGUAGCGCCGUGACUGCAGCAGGAGCUUCGGCGGGCGGCAAGGCGGGCACCCUGGCCGGCGCUCUGGCUGCGGGAGCGGCUGCAGGCGCUGGCGGUACAACGACUGGCAGCGGCAGUGGCAGCAGUAAAGGUGCUAAGAGCAAGGGCGGACGCGGCGCAAAGGGCGGUGGAGCCGGCGGCGUUGGAGCCAGCAAUAAUGCCGCUGCGGGCAAUGCGGCAGGCGGUGCAGCGGGAGCUGCAACGGGCGCUGGAGCCAUUGGAGCUGGAGUCGGCGGUGCAGGAGCAGCGGGCGGCGGCAAUGCCUCCAAGCGGGCCAAGGGCAGCAGUUCGGCGAGCGCUGGCGGUGCUGUUAGCGGCGCGAAUGCCAGUACCGGUGGCGCCGGGGCGCGUGGCAGCAGCAAGAAGAAGCCCAGCCAGGUGAUGAACUUCGACUCCGAGGAGGAGGACACGGCCAAGCCAAUGUCGUACGAUGAGAAGCGCCAGCUCUCGCUGGACAUCAACAAGUUGCCAGGUGACAAGCUGGGCCGUGUGGUGCACAUCAUCCAAAACCGGGAGCCAUCGCUGCGUGACUCCAAUCCCGACGAAAUUGAGAUCGACUUCGAGACGCUGAAGCCGUCGACGCUGCGCGAGCUUGAAAGCUAUGUGGCGUCGUGUUUGCGCAAAAAAACACGUAAGCCAUAUUAUAAAAAGCCUUCCGGCAAGUCGAAGGACGAGCAGAUGGCCGAGAAAAAGCAGGAGCUGGAGAAGCGCCUGCAGGACGUCACCGGUCAGCUGGGGGCAAGCAAGAAAACCGCCAAGAAAGAUGAGUCCGCUUCAAACAAGGUCGAGGCAGUGCAGCCGGCGAAUCCCGUGUCGUCGAGUUCCAGUUCCAGCGAUUCAUCGUCGUCGAGUUCGAGUGAUAGCAGUUCGAGUGACUCGAGCGACAGUGAAGCAGGUGAUGGUGACGAACGACCGCCGCGCAAGAAAAAAUCCAGAGACUCGAAUGGAAGCAAUGUAAAUAAUCCAAGCAUAAACGUUGUCCUGGGCGGCAAUCUGGCAAGCGGCGCUCUCACGCCGACGACCAUGUUGAUGGGCCUGGAUCAUGUGGUUAACUCCAACACACCCACAUCACAAAUGUCCAACAUGCUGGGCAAUGCCAACCCACUGACGGCAGCUGCCAUGCUGAACAACAACAACAAGACAUCGCUGCCGGGCAGCAAUUUCGGUGGAGCGCCCACUAGCGCCGCCGGCAACAUGUUGCUCGGUCCAGUUGCCGCUGGUGCAGUUUCAACAGCGACGGCGGCGGGGCAGCAGCAGCAGCAGCACAACAACAAGAACGGACCAAACGAUCUGAGCAAAGUGCCGCUGGGUGGCUCCAUCACCGCCGCCCUGCUGUCGCACAGUUUCGCCGGAGGAGCAGCAGCCGGAGGAGGUGUGGCUAGCAGUCAGUCGAGCGGCGGCAUUCGCAUAGCCAGCAAUCUGCACAACAAGCCCUCCGGCUUGGGUGGCGGUGAUUUGGGCGAUCAUCAUGCGGCACUGGCGGCUGCCUUGACGUCCGGCGUCAACAGCACCGCCGGCGCUCCUUCAGGCGGCAGCAACAGCAACAACAGCAACAACAAUAAUAACAACAACACAAAUCCACUGGGCGGUGCGCAUGGGGACGCGAUGGCCAAUGCCUCGUUGGCCUCGGGUCUCAAGCAGAUACCGCAGUUCGAUGAUCCCGUGGAGCAGUCGCUGGCCUCGUUGGAGUUCAGCGCCGGUUCCACGGGCAAGCCAUCGCUGACGGACAACUUUUUGAUGCAGCAGCAUCUGAUGCAACCCGCCGGAACCCAGCAGCAGCAGCAACAACCGUUUGGCCAUCAGCAACAGCAGCAGCAGCAACAACAGCAGCAGCAGCAGCAGCAAAUGGACUAUGUGACAGAACUGCUGACCAAGGGAGCGGAGAGUGUGAGCGGCAUGAAUGGCAACCACCUGCUGAACUUCAAUCUGGACAUGGCGGCGGCGGCUUACCAGCAAAAGCAGCAGCAGCAACAGCAGCAUCAGCAGCAACAGCAGCAGCAGCAGCAGGCGCACAACAAUGGCUUCAAUGUGGCCGAUUUCGGCAUGGCCGGAUUCGAUAUGCAGGCGGCCUCAGCAUUCCUCGAUCUGGAGCACACGCUCCAGCAGCAGCAGCAGCAGAUGCAACAGCAGCAGCAAUUGCAGACACCACAGCAACAGCAGCAGCAACUGCAGACGCCCCAGCAACAGCAGCAACAACAGGAGAGACAACAGCAAACGCAGCAUAUGAUUGGAAUGAGCCACCAGCAACAGUCUAGUCUGGACCUCAUGCACCUGCAUCAGCAGCAACAACUGCAUCAGCAACAGCAACAGCUCCACCAGCAGCUCCAACAACAGCAGCAGGUGGCCAACAAGCUGCUGAUCAUACCCAAGCCCAUCGAAUCGAUGAUGCCCAGUCCCCCGGACAAGCAGCAGCAGCAAUUGCAGCAGCAGCAUCAGAAGGUGCUGCCGCCGCAGCAGUCGCCCUCGGACAUGAAGGGUCAUUCGGCGGCGGCGGUGGCAGCGGCUGCGGCGGCGGCUGCAGCGGCACACGGCAAGCUGGCGCAAGCCUUCAAGGCCUCCAACGAGCAGAACCUCAAGAACGCCAGCUCGUGGUCCUCGCUGGCCUCGGCCAACUCGCCCCAGUCGCACACGUCGAGCAGCUCGAGCAGCAGCAAGGCCAAGCCGGCCAUGGACUCGUUCCAGCAGUUCCGCAACAAAGCCAAAGAACGCGACCGUCUCAAGCUGCUGGAGGCGGCCGAGAAGGAGAAGAAGAACCAAAAGGAGGCCGCCGAGAAGGAGCAGCAGCAGCGCAAGCACCACAAGUCCUCCUCGUCAUCAUCCUCGUCGGCAUCCGCGGCGGCCGCCCAGGCGGCAGCAGUUGCGGCUGCAGCAGCAGCAGCAGCAGCGGCCGCGGCGGCGGCCUCGUCGGCUGUGGCCUCCAGUGCCUCGAACGCCUCGGGCGGCAGCAGUAGUGGCGGCGGCGCUGGUGGUGUUGGCGUGCCUGCCAGCAGCAACCAGGCGAUUAGUGGCGAUCGCGAGCGUGACAGGGAUCGCGAGCGGGAGCGAGAGCGUUCCGGCAGCGGCGGCGGCGGUCAGUCGGGCAAUGGGAACAACAGCAGCAACUCGGCCAACAGCAAUGGACCCGGCAGUGCGGGCAGCGGAGGCAGUGGCGGCGGCGGCGGAGGAAGUGGUCCGGCCAGCGCCGGCGGACCAAAUAGUGGUGGAGGACCAGCGCUGCUCAAUGCCGGCAGCAAUAGCAACAGCGGUGUUGGCAGCGGCGGCGCCGCCAGCAGCAACAGCAACAGCAGCGUCGGCGGCAUCGUCGGCAGCGGCGGACCCGGUUCCAAUAGCCAGGGCAGCAAUGGCGGCGGCGGCGGUGGAGGAGGAGGACCGGCCAGCGGCGGCGGUGGCAUGGGCAGUGGCGCCCUCGACUACGGUCAGCAAGUGGCGGUGCUGACGGCGGCGGCGGCCAACGCGCAGGCCCAGCAUGUGGCGGCCGCUGUGGCCGCCCAAGCGAUUCUGGCCGCCUCGCCCUUGGGCGCCAUGGAGAGCGGAAGGAAAAGCGUGCACGAUGCCCAGCCGCAGAUAUCGCGGGUGGAUGACAUUAAAGCUUCGCCGGGCGGACAGGGCCAGAGUUCGCCGGCCCAGCAAUCGCCGCAGGAUCGAGCGGCCGCCAAGCGGGCCGAGCAGCGGCGGGCCGAGCAGGAGCGGCGCAGGCGCGAAGCGUUGGCUGGCCAAAUUGAUAUGAACAUGCAGAGCGAUCUCAUGGCUGCCUUCGAGGAGACGCUGUAGGUAAAGGCCCGGAGAAAGUCGACCAACCGGGGCAUUAGCGUCAAUGGCAAAGGCAAUGGCAAUGGCAUCAUCUCAACCACAACCACCACCUCAUCAUCCUCCACCUCCGGCGGCCAAUCGAAGCGGCGGACAAGGCGCCAGCAACCACGGACCACGUUGGACAACGGCUUGCAAGAGCAAGAGCAAAAGCAAAAGCAACACGGCUAGGACAGCAACAACGACGACAGUUCGAAAAAGAACUGUUAGAGCAAACAAACAACCAACCAACAAACAAGCAAAUUAACCAACCAACCAACCAACGUAAACAAACAGCAUAAGCUAAAACCAAUAAAGCAAUGUUCUAAGGCGUAAAUAACAUACGUACAUUAAGUGAGAAUAUAUAUAGUGCGUAUACGGAAGGAGCGCGAGCAAAACAAAAGAAUAAGUGAAAACCAUCAGCAAAGCAAAAUCCCAGAAGCAGCAAAACACCCAGCAGCAUCAAAACAACAUAACAGAAAAUAUGGCAAAUUUCCUUUGGUUAGCAAUUGAUUCUUCACACAACUUUUUUUUACAAAUCACUUAUCACUUUCGAUUAUUACUGUGUAUUACCAUUACGAUGAUGAUGGAUCGUGGCGACGCGACAAGGAUGUCCGCACAUGGUUCCAAAGCUUAUUAUUUUUAAUAUUAUUGAUUGCAUAGGCAAGUUUAGUUUGUAUGUUCUAAAAGUAAUUGAUAAUGCUUAUUUUUUUUCUUAAUUAUAUACACACACCUAUGCUUAGAGUUGUUAACUAAUUUAAAAACAAAAAAACAAAACAAACAAAAAAAAAACCCAACAAAAAAAAGAACAAACAAAACGAAACGAAAUCAGUUCAAUGUAUCUAUCCGCAAGGGGAUGGCGCAGUCGCAGUAGCAUUCGCAGUUGUCUGUACACGAAUCCAAUUAUAUAAAUUAAAAAAAAAUGUCAUUAAACAUAGAGUCAUACCGAUCCCGAUCCCGAUUCCCAAUUCCCAAUUCCCCAUCCCACGGACCCGCAGAGAGCAAAUCUUAUGGAAUCAUAUUGUUCUAUGAUUUUAAUUUUUGAUGGCGAACACAUGUAAUUUAAAGACACCCACUCGCACACAUAAAUACACAUCUGCCCACACUGGAGAAAAAUAUGUGAGCCAGAUAAUCUGCAGAACAAGAACCCACAACCACAAACCCAAAAAAAUUUAGUUUUUAAGAAGAUAAGACCUUUUUUUUGUAUGUAACAAGAGCGAACGCCUAAAACCAAACAUAGAAAAUGAGAGAAUCGACGGAAUGUAACUUGUAAUUUCUUUUCUAAUGACCAUAAGCCUUCGCAAGUAGGUGCCAGGAUGCUAUCCCCCCAAAUUGCAGUGACAAUUCAGUAAAAUAAUGAUACAUGUUUGGAGUCUCUGCCGUCUUCCAUGUAUAAUCUUCGUCUAUAUCUUUACCAUCUGCAUGUAUCCGAUCCUUAUCGUCAAUGUGUCCCUGUAUAUAGUUCCAUAGGUCCUCCUUCUAGAUCACUUUUCCAUCGGGGACUCUGAUUCUGUAAUAGCAAUAGGAAUUAAGAUAGCAACUAUCUAUGUAAAAGCUAACGAAAUGAUUCAUGUAAUUGUACUUGUGCUUGUAUAAUGCACGUGUUUUGGAAACGAAAAUUCAUAUUGUAUAUUUCAUUUAAGUUUGGGGUUCUGAUUUCAGUUUAUUCUGUGUGUGUGUGUGUGUGUGUGUGUGUGUGGGUGGGUGUUCUUAGGGAUACGUGUAUGUCCUUGUAUAUAGAGGCGGUCAAUAGAUUCGUAUCUUUCCCCCGACUUACCCGAUUUCCCAGUCCCUUAGUUGUUAUGUACACUCGCAGGAAAUGUCAUUUCGUUUUGUGUAAAUUAGUUUUUUUUUUCGACAGCGAGUAGAAAGCAAAAAAAGUUAUCAAAAAAUAUCCCAAAUUCUUUCUAUAUAUAUAUAUAUACACGAAAAAAAGAUGCAUCAGAAAUACAUAUACAAAAGAGAGAAACAUUUUUUUUCUAUACUUAAUUUUUAGCAUUUAAUUGAGACAUAAAUCACACGAGGAGAUAAAAAUAAAAUGUAUGAAAAUAAAAAUUGAGAAAAAAACCAAACGAUUCAAAUAAAAAGGAGUUUUUAAUUCAGUGAAAAAAAGUAAAUAUAUAACACCUCUAUAUAGAUGACAACCCUGAUAUGAACAAUUUAUUUGCAUAUAUGAAUAUAACACACACCUAUAAAUAUAUAUAUAAAUAUAUAUUUUAACACACCACCCGAUGGGAAUGAGACGUAUUUGAUUUUUGUCCAAUCUGAUCAAAUCGCCCAAGUUCUAGCAGAUGCAUUUGGCAUAUUAGCAAUUAAUUGUUGACCUUUUGUUGUUACUUAACGAGGGCAUUAACUAGACGAACGACGACGAAGAGGAAUAGGAUAGCAGGAUAGCUGGAUAGCUGGAUCGAGGAGUAUGUAACAUAUAGCGAAAAACUCACUAAAGAAUCACUUUUCUGAAACGUAAAAGCAAACGAUCUUAGCCUUAAGCGCCUACCGCUAAACAGAAAAACUUUAAAGCAACGUUACGUGUGCAACGUAAUGCAGGAACUAAUAAUAAUAACUAUUAUAAUUAAAAAGCAAAAAUCAAGGGGAAACAAUUUGGGCUGGCAGAAAGAGUUGAUUGAUAUAGAAAGCAUUACAUUUACAUGACUCCAUUUUGGCCCCUUUAGCUUUCACUACAUAUAUACAACACUUUUUAGUAAGCCUAUAAUUAAUAAAGGAGAACAUAAAAACAAAAAUCGAAGGAAACCAAUUAACAAUUAAAACAUAAAACAUAUUUACCUUUAAUGCGUACACUUAGUAUUAAUGAAAUGGCCGACAAAAGCAAAAACUAAAAGAAAUGAAACAAAAAACAAAUAAAAAACAAAAAACUGAAGAAAAACAAAGAAAAUCCGAGAAAAAUAAACAAAAGUUCAUAAAAAAUAAAAUCAAAA